GCGGAGAGGGGGAGGGAGAGGGGGGAGAGGUGUAAAGUGCAGAGAUUAGUGUCAGUGAGACGGACGAGGAAGAGAGGGCAGAUGGAGACAGGGGGAUAAUGAGGGAAACAGAGUGAUGGCAUUUUAGUAGAAUCCACCUGCCCCUUAAUAGGAGCUUUGCAAACAGUUCUGGCAUCUAAAGGCUGCGACGCUACAGAGCUCUGACAAUGGUGAAGAUGAAGAUGAUGGUGGUAGUGGUGGUGAUGAUCAACACAUUGGCCAACAUCUGCCCUGGAGGCGCCUCCACCUUCUCUCCGUCCUGGUACACGGCCAACUCCACCAAUUGGACCUCUGCCCCCACAGAUUCGCAUACCCCAACCGCUUACACACCCACUGCCAACAGCAGCAACAGCUGUGCAUCGUUGCUGUCGCUGGGCCUGGGUCUGGGCCUUGGAUUGGGGCUGCCACUGCUGGCCGUGAGCUCCGUGCUCUGCUAUCUUCUCCUGCGUGGUCGGCGUGCACGCACAACCUCCAAGCCACCUCCCGAGGAGGAAGAACGGCAGGCGACCCGCGAAUCCGUCAGAUACGUCGUAAAGACACAGAGCAGCACUUCCCAGGUUUCGCCAACGAAUUACUACAUGGACCCAUCAGACGAGGACUAUGAGAACCCAGACCAGCGGCAGGUGAACGAGGAUGACAACAACUACGACGACAUCCUCCCGUACAGGCCGGGCGGUGCCACCGUGCAGGGCACCACGGCCGUCCUCCCAAAUCGUGAAGUUCAGGGCGUGAGGCCUGCAACCUCCUCAUCCUCCCCCCAGGGCUUCCAACCGGUGGCAGCACCCCGAGUCAAGCAACACGACCACAGCACAGGAUUGCAGCCGCAGCCGCAGCCGCAGCCGCCGCAACGUCCACCCAAGCCUGAGGCUGAUCAACCUCUGGGACCCGCGGCCUCGAAGUCCCAGCCCCCUCCGCCGGCGAGGGCUCCAGGCCACGGGCUUCGACAGGUCGCAGAUUCGGCUUCCAGACCUCUGGGAUCGGGAGCGCCGGAACUCCGACUUCCACCGCAACAUGGGGGUCCUCCAGGAUUGAGGGAUCCAUCUCCUGCAGCUCAAGGUCACAGAUCCCCAGGUUCUCAUCCGCCUCCGUCCCGAGGUCCGGGCGCAGAAGCUGCAGGCUUUGGAGGUCCAUCUCGUGAGGGCCAAGGCCCUGGGUCUCCGGGUUGCAAAAUCCCGAAUCAAGGCCCCUCGGCCGCUGGGCCCAGGCGUCCGAAGAGCGCGCUCUUUCCUCCACAACCCCACGGGGGUCGCGACGACAAGGGGGGUCAAGGGACAGGCUCUGGAGCCGUUUAUGAAAUUUGCGCACCCUAAGAAUGGCACUUACCCUCCCCCCCCC